AUGGCGUCUCCCUUCAAGACCACCCAGACGACUCUAUAUGUCACCAUUCGCGUCGAUCCUAGCAACAUCGAGCCUUUCCUUGCCGCCCUGCGUCCUUGUUGGGAAGCAGUUUGUCGCGAACCCGAGUGCCUGUACUUCGACAUCUCCCACUCGCCCAGCGAACCGGGGACAUUUCAUUUCGUGGAAGUCUGGGCCAUGGACAAGAAAACGUUCCUCGAGCACCAGCUUAAAAAGCCCUAUUAUGAACCGUACGAAGCUGCGACGAGGCCAAUGUGGCUGACGGAACGGAAGUUAGAGUUCUUGGCCCGAGUGGAUGGUUGGAGUUAUGUUGACUCUGCCUAUCUGGCAGGGAGCGUUCAAACAUGA